AUGAAUAAUAAUUUUAGUACUAUUAUCGUGAACGAAAAUCAUGAGUUCUAUCAUCCAAAUAGUUGCAAUUUUAUACAACCACACCAACCACAGCAACAACAAGUAUCAUCAGAAUCAUCGGUAAACAACUUUCAUUCAUCACCACAAUUAACCUACCAAUCGGAAUCAAGAGUGGAAUCUCCUAUUUCGGCUACUGAUGAUCAUAACGAUAAAAAGGAAAAAUUAACCGACAACAAUGUCAAGCAGUCCGUUCAAGCUACCAACACACUUCCUCGGGUCACUACUGCAUGCACAUCAUCCACAAGCAGCACUCAUAUUGUAUCAUCACCAACAAUUAACAACAACAAAAAAGAGAUCUCUAAUUGCCUUCAAGAAGAAAUUAUUAUUUUAGACCCCAAUGAUAAUAGUAAUGAACCAAAAGCAGAAGCAGUAGACGACGGAAUAGAAUACAGUAUUGGAGAUGAAAGAGAGUAUGACCAUUAUGAUGGAUUAUUGUUGGAAAAAUCAACCAAGCCCAACUCAGCAAGUAAGCUACUACGAAAAAAAAUCUCUGGCAUGCUUCAAAAUUCGGUCAACAAGACCAUAAGCGGAGGAAGGAAUUUAUUGUCACUUCGACAGCGUAAAACACCAACUUCAGGAGAAUUUGUGACUGAUUUUGAAUCAAGUAGUGUGAUUGGUGCUGCCAAUCUUGAUUCUUCAUCAAUUGUUAACACUACUAUCCAUCACAGAUCUGGUUCUGAAUCACAUUUCGAUUCAGAUGGACCACACAAUUCUGGAGACACUAAUUUAACACAGCCGACACCACGAACAACUAGGGCAAUUUUUGCACUCACUUCGGUUUUUUCGAAAGCAAUUUCCGGAUGGAGAAGAAAUGCUCAAUACAGAAAAAGAAAAUUUCAUCAACAAACAUUGUCCAGAAUCAACACUAUCAGACCUCUCUCAUCCUUCUCAAGGAGACAUCACAAUAGCGCAUGCACGGAUUUAUUUACACAAAUACCUGAAGAACUAUGGAGAUAUGGAAUUAUUCCGUAUUUGGAGUGGAUUGAUUUAUUACGUUUGAGAUGUGUGGGUAAAUGGAAAUUAACAAUUAUUGUGCAAGAACAAGAACAGGUUUGGCAAAUACUUUUUUCUGAAAAGAUGAGCAAGUAUUUUCAGCAAGAAAAAGAAUUAUGGAAAUCACAUGCUAAAAACUAUUUUUUCUUUGAUUUAGAUGAGGCUAUCAUUAAAGAACAUUACGAGAAAAGAAUUCUGGAAAAAUACACGUUACAGUACAGAAGACAAUUUUCCAUUCAAAAAGAGAAAUGUUUUGCCUUGCAACAAAACCACGACUCACACCACCAACAUGAUAGUAUUUCUCUAUUCUUACAUUCUUCAAUUUUGAUACAACAUGAAGAAGCAAAUUCAGAAGGUCAUGCUGACGAUCAUUGUGCUCAUUAUUUUCACAAAAAAGUGCCAGAAAUUGCUCCCACAGAUCACGCACAAGAAGACUUUAUUCAUUAUCUUUCUUGCAGCCGUUCUGUACAUGAAAGAAAACAACAAGUUAUUUCUCGAAAAAAACACGAGCAACAACAAAUUCUGAGCAAUAAUGAGCAUAGAAGUGCAUGGUUACGGAUUUUCACUUUACUCGUGACUAUGCUUUCUGCUGUUGCUGCGUUUGUAUGCAUUUCUGUGAAAGAUUUUGCAUUCUCAAAGAACAUUGAUAUGAACGCUGUCUGCAACAUGAACAGUAGUAGCAACACUACUUCACUACUCUUCCCUAUGUCUUUCGAGACACAAACAUCCUUCAACAAUUUUCAUCAGCAGUCUCUUUCCUAUUUGAAAUUGAUGGAUACGUCUUGGACCAUGCCUUUUGUUCCUGUCUACAUUGCCAUGCUAUUCAUAUUAGGAACAAUACUAUUUUUUUGGAUUCGAUAUUCUUCAGAUAAUGCAAAAUUCAAUUUAGAAGGAGAUGGAAGAGAGAGACAUCCCAAUGAGAUUUAUUUUUACAUGACCGUUUUAUCGAUUGCUGUAAUAUUGUUUUUUGUAUUUUUGAAUAUUCGAAUGGUGUAUCCGUAUUGUGAACGUAUGAUACACAAACUUCACACGGAGGGACAAGCAAGUUUUUCAGAGGAUGAAGUUGCAAGUCUACUUGUCUCUGAGGUAUUCUCUAAUGGUGUUGUGCUAUGCAGUCCUCUUUUUGCCAUUCUAGGAAUAAUUACUAUUUAUUUUUUCAGAUCACUUUAUGCUGGAAUUAUUUAUCGACGCUAUGUGUUGAAAUUUCACAUUCACUUGGUAAUGAUUGGAGUUGUGCUUUGGAAAUUUAUUGCCCCUUUUGUGACAUGGAUAUUAACAGUACUAUCAUUAACUUUGUUCAUCUUGUACAUGGUUCUCAAUUUGCAUCCAUUAGUAGCUACCGUUCCAAUCAUGUUGCUACAUUUAGUUGGAAUUUUUGUUUUGGGAUGGAUUUUUGUCAUGUUUUCCGUCAUGUUGUUAACCUGUGCGGUAGAGAGAUCAAAACUAUGGAAAACCAUUUCUACUCUGUGGUAUUCAUUCCUUCUCAUUUCAUUGCCAGUAGUGUUCUACUUGUUGAUUGGACUCAAAAUGAGAAUGGGAAUUGUGGCGCUUCCUUGCUCGGUAUUCUUUGUUGUGAUUAUUCUGUUUGGUAUGAAUUAUGUGGAUUAUUUGGAAGAUUUAUUUAGUUUUGAUGAAACUGUUUGGCCAUUUUCUUAA